UGGCGGCGUAACCUGUAGUAGUAGCCUGUAGGACGGAGGGAGGGAGCAGCAGUGCUACUGUCGCUCGUCUGGACGAGUAGUACUGCGAGACCGACCGACGCCGGGCACGGCAAACGCGGAGCCGGAGCGCGUUCGUUCUCUAAUUUCCGGGGAAGAAAGUCAGUUUAGCCGAUGCUUACGCAUCAUUGAUUUGUCUCCCGUCUAAAAGUAAUCGUGCGGUUAGAUGCGCGAACACGGACACACUCUUGGAGCUCUCUCUCUACCCACUGCCAAAAAGAAAAAAAAAAGAGGUCUUCGGGAAACGCCCAAACACAUUCAUUCACACAACGCGAGCCGAGCUGCUGCUGCUUCCUGCAAACACGCACUCGUACUCGUGCUACUGUGACAGCAGGGGAAGCGCACGGCUCCCUCAUUGCCCCCUCCGCCCGCAGGACGACGGCCGGCGCGACCCCGACGCCGCUAGAGGCGCAACUGGCGGCGGUGGCGAGGCCCGAGUUAAUGCGCCCGUGAGGGUGAGGCGUCGGUGCUAGGGCGGUGGCGGGUUAAAGUAGGCCCUGUUCGUUUGCUAGGAGAGGAGAAUAGGGGCGCGCUUCUGGUGGUCUCUUGUGGGCGAUGGCCAUGGGGGGCUCCAAAGGGGAGGAGAAGCCCGGUGGCGGCGAGGACUGCUGCUAUCAGCUCGGAAACAAGGAUACACUAGUUUUGAAGACUCAGAAAAAGUCACCCCCCGCAUUGAGAAUAGUUGUUUUCGCUAUGACUAUGAUCAGUGGGGUGUUCAUUUGCUCAAUUUGUAUGAAACAACUAGGAACUGACAGCUGGUCAAGGAUGGUGAAGAUCGAAGUCGCAGAACAGCCUUGCAAUAAGUCUUUAAUUCCUCUCUCUGAGGUUCAGUUUGUUCAUUAUCCACAACCACAAAAUUACAGCAGGAAAGAGUGCAUGUGUACCCCUGUCCGGUUCUUUGCAAUUAUCUCGUCACAGCGAUCUGGAAGUGGCUGGUUUGAAACCCUUCUUAACAGCCACAUUAAUGUUAGCUCCAAUGGAGAAAUCUUCUCCAAUAAAGAAAGGAGAAAUAACAUUUCAUCUAUAGUAAAGACAAUGGAUAAAGUAUAUAAUUUGGAUUGGAAUAGUAGUGCUUCCAAGAAUGAGUGCACUGCUGCUGUUGGCUUCAAAUGGAUGCUUAAUCAGGGUCUUGUGGCAAAUCAUGCAGGUGUGGUUGAUUACUUCAACCAAAGAGGAGUGUCUACAGUAUUUCUGAUGAGAAGGAAUCUCCUCCGGCAGAUGGUAUCACAACUAGCUAACAAUCAUGACAGAUACAUCAAGCAAUUAAAUGGAAAACAUAAGGCCCAUGUUCACACAAGAGAUGAGGCGAAUAUUCUUGCAAGAUAUAAGCCGAGGCUCAACACAACAACAUUAAUUUGGAGCUUGAAACAGGCUGACGACUACACCCGUGACGCUCUUGAAAAUUUAAAGAGCGUCCGCCACAUGACAAUGUACUAUGAGGAUCUCAUCCAAAACAGAACAAAGCUUGUUGAUGUUCUGGAUUUCCUCAAAGUGCCAAGGAGGAAACUAGUCAGCCGGCAUGUGAAGAUACACACGAAACCGCUGUCGGACCAGAUUGAAAACUGGGAUGAAGUCUAUAAUGCUUUGAAUGGUACCCAGUUUGAAAGUUUCUUGACCGCCGACUACAGAAUAUGACAUUGUUCUGUCCCCACGUACGUUUCUUGUGUAGAUAUCGGCUUUUCUGUGUUAUUCUUUAUUAAAUAGCUGGCCUGGACGUGCCUGGCAAAAGUUUUGAUUGGGGAGGGCAGGUUUUGCCUAGUUUCUCAGAGUUCUUGAGUAGUUUGAUAGGUUCCACUAAUUGUAUACCUCUUUGUUUUUCACGUUCUUUUGUAACAGACUCUCAAGCUGGUAAUGUUUUGUAUUCCACUGCUAAUCACAUCCAGUGUCCAAUACUGGGGUUCUAAUUCUGAUUCA